GCCGCGCCCCGCGCGCAGCCAGCCUUCCUCGCCUUCCCUUUCCCGUCCGACGAACCUCCUCAGUCAGCUGCCUGCGCUGCUCACACGACACUUGGCGCACCGCCCUGCGCACGGCGCACCGCGCCCUCGCCGCCAUGCAUCGCGCUCUGCUCCCGCGGCAGACCCUCGGCGCGCUCCGAGCAGGCAGCCGCCAUGCCGGGCCCAGCAGGCUGGUGUUGCAGCCGCUGGUGGCCAUAGCUCCGCCGCGGCCGAUUUGCCGCAGUGCGCUCCUCGCACCGCCGUCGCGCGCCUUCGCCGCCAGCGCUGCUGAGCGCUCCAAGCAUCGCUCGCGAGGACGCGCAGAUGAGGUGCGGCUGGCGAGCGACCCGCGGCCCGCUCAGCCAGCAAAGGAGGGCACAGAGGGACAGCACGGCAAGGAGGCCAAGGCAGACGCAUCGGGAGACCUUCUACGAGAGGCAUCAGAGCCAUCACUCAGUGGAGGUGGCCGCUCCGCCCGCCUCGAUGGCACGAAGCCGGUCGCGACAGGGCCGGCAGGCGAGCCGGAGCUCAGCUCAGACGCCGUGACAACGGCUGCAGCUAGCACACAGAACGCCGGCAUCAAGCCGAGCAGCAUCUCUGAUCCGGCGCCAGCGAAGAGCGAGAGCAGCGACGAGAAGGGCGAGGCAGAGAGCCACGAGAUCCGCCCGUACAUGUACGAGGAUGGCCUGUAUGCCAACUACCCGCGCUCUCUGCGCGAGCUGGCCACGCGAGCGGCUGCUGCAGGUGCAGCUGCGGGCGCAAGCGCCUCCUCGCUGGCGUCUUCUUCCGCGCACGCCAGCUCCUCGUCCUCUGGCUCCUCCUCGCGCGCAUGGACGCGCCCCAAGGCGCCGUCGAAGGAGGAGCUGCUGCGCCUGGCGCGCGGCUUCUGGACGCGCCUGCGCAUCCGCUUCAAGUGGUUCACCAUCCGCGGCUUCCGCCGCUUCAACGUCGAUGACUUGUCGGCGUUCUUCACUCUCGGCGGCCUCGGCACCAUCAUCUUCCUGGUGGCCGGAACCACCACGGCCGUCUCGCUGGUCUUCGCCGCGCUCAACAGCCUGAAUCUCGACGAGUGGAUCGCGCGCAAGCUGGCCGACUAUCUCACCGCCGAGACGGGCGUGACGGUCAUCUUCGAGUCCGCCAUCGUGCCCAAGUGGUCGUCGUCGCGCAUCUGCUUCCAGAACGUCUUCAUCUCGCGGCGAGCACACUUUGGCUCGCCCGAGGCGCUGCGGCGGGAACGCUCGGCGAUGCGUGAAGGCAAGGGCAAGGGUCGCGGCACGGCACGCGCUGCUGGUCACGGCAUGGCGUGGGAAGGCACGCACUUCCUUGAGCGCGAGGACCACGCUGAGGAGGAGGUGGCGCCGCCGAUGAGCCGCGAGACGCGCGGCGACGAGGGCGACGGCAACUUCACCAUGUUUGACCUCAACGUCGACAGCAUCGAGGUGUCGCUGAGCUUCCGCCGCUGGUGGGACGGCAAGGGCCUGCUGGAGGAUGCAGUGGUGAAGGGCGUGCGCGGCAUCAUUGACCGGCGGAACGUGCACUGGGACCCGGAGAAGCCAUACGACCCUCGCGCCGCACGACGCGAGCCUCGGCACGGCGACUUCCACCUCACCUCGCUCGAGCUGCAGGACCUGCUUGUCACCGUGUACCAGCCGGGCGAUUUCCGCCCCUUCAACUACAGCAUCUUCAACGCCAGCGUGCCGCGCCUGCGCAAGCAGUGGCUCUUCUACGAUCUGCUCAGCGCCGACAGCAUCACGGGCCAGGUCGACGGCUGUCUGUUCAGCCUGCACAAGCCGCAGCGCAUGGGCCGCACCACGCAGAGCGGGCAGGAGGACAAGAAUGGCCGAUGGCAGACGCUGUCUCGCGUGCGCAUCGAUGGUGUGAGCUUCGACCACAUCCAGAACCAGAGCGACCUGCACGGGCCCAUCUCGUGGAUCACGUCGGGCAAGUUCGACAUCGUGGCCGAUCUCAAGUUCCCGCGCGACCACAGCAACGACGUCGACAUCAACGCGAUCCUCUCCGAGAUCGUCGAGAAUCUGACGCACGCCGUGUCCGGCGAGGCAUGGGAGCGACAGGUGGGCGCAGUGGACGCCGACGACCAGCCCAUCCCGGGCCAGCAUGCGCUGUCUGGUCCCGCCAUCGAGGCGCCCGUCACUGCGCUCGGCCCGGCGGCCGAGUCUGCAUGGCGCCAGCAGCUGGCCGAGCGCGAGGCGCAGCGCGAGAAGGAGGAGGCCGAGCGUCUAGAGCGGCGACGACGACGCUUCAGGCGACGGCGCAUCAACCGCGAAAUGCUCAGCCAGGAUGCGGCCGAGGCGGAGGCGGCGCAAAAUGUGGCGCGGCGCAUGGAGACGGAGCAUGCCGAGGAGAACGGCGAGCCGGCGCACGAGCAAGAGCAAGAGGAGGGCCAACGCGCGGUGCCGCCGCCGGCUGUCGUCAUUGACCUCGACGUGCGCUUCCGCGACAUCAAGGCCGCCGUGCCUCUGUUCCACUCGGAGCUGGGCUACCGCACGCAGACGUUUGUGCGCCCCAUCGUCGCGUUCAUGAACGCAAACAAGACUCUGAUCCCAGUGCACUGCCGAGUCGUCAUGGAUCUCGACGAGUUCAACGGCUCGAUGGAUCUCGCACAGACCGGCCUGCUGCCGCAGAUCUCCGAGAAGAUCUACGAGGCGCUGGCGAACCACGUCACCUCGCAGCAGGCCAACGGCGCCCGCCUGCGCAACGUCAGCUCGUGGAGCCUGCGUGUGGCAGCGCAAGGCCUGCUGCAGCUCGCCUCGACGAUCCGCGACGGCUUCACACGCACGCCCACGACGCACACGGGCAUGCUGACGCAGAAGAGCUACUGAGCCUGCUGCUCUGCGCCCCUCAGACUGCCUACGACUCCUGAUGCCUCCCGGACGCGCUGCCCCUCCCGCCUCUGUGUUCUCCUGCUCCCCCCGCGUCACCGGCCUCAUCUCCAUCCUUUCCCCCGCUCAAUCUCGUCUCUAUACCGCACAUCGGCCCCCCUUCCACGGACGCAGCCUGCCCACGAGUCCCGCGCUGCUGCAUCUCAUGUACUUGUGCCCUGCCUAGCGAAGCGAGUGCUUGCUUCAGAGGAG